AUGGUUAGUAGAAAUUCUAUAGUAUUAGGAAGACUUCAAGAAGAACGCAAACUUUGGAGACGUGACCAUCCCCACGGCUUUUUCGCGAAACCUAUUUCUACAGGCGAAGGCUCUUGUAAUCUUAUGAAAUGGGAAUGUGGGAUUCCUGGCAAAGCAAACACACCCUGGGAAGGCGGAGUCUACAAGCUCUCUAUGGACUUUACUGACGAAUACCCAGCCAAACCGCCUAAAUGCAAAUUUGAGCCAGUUUUAUUCCACCCAAACGUUUACCCUUCAGGCACAGUAUGUCUAAGUAUUCUCAAUGAAGAUCAAGACUGAAGACCAAGCAUCACAAUAAAGCAAAUUUUAAUAGGAAUCCAAGAUUUACUAGACAAUCCUAACCCACAAAGCCCAGCCCAAGCUGAACCUUAUAACCUCUAUAUGAGAGACAGAAAUGAGUAUACAAAGCGGGUGCGGCGACAAGCUUUAGAAAUGGUCCCAAAAUAG